AUGAAAGAAAUAAAUGAAAAUAUCCUUAACUUUGUUUCAGACAUUAGAAAAAUUGAAAUAUGGAAAUAUAUCUAUAAAGAGAAAUUAAAACUAUUUUAUUUAAAGAAAUUAAUUCAGAAAGAAAUGAUAAUAGAAGAAACUUCUAUCACACAAAAAGGAUGUACAGAAAAAAAAAAUGUAUAUAUAAAAAAAAAAAAUGAUGAUAAUGAAACAGUUAUCAACAACACUAACGUAGAUAUAAACAAAUCUCUUUUUUUAAAUUCUCCAUUGUAUUAUGAUAGCUAUGUUAAUUUAAGGAAAGAUGAUGAAAUUUAUAAUACAACAAUAAAAGAUAAAAAAAAUGUCGAAUAUAUAAAUGAAUAUUCUUUGGUUAAAAAUAAUGAAAAUAUAUAUAAUAAUAGUAAAAAAAUUUCAAAAGAUACUGGGGAACUCAAUGACAAAAUAAUUAUUGAUAAUAAUUCAAAGAAUUGUAUAAAAAAAAUUAUUAUAAAUGAUUCUGUUAAAGAAAAUAAAAAUACAAAUUUAAUUGGAGACUCCAAUGAUUUUUAUAUCUUUAACAACAAUUUUAAAAACAUUUACAGCGAUGGUGGUGAUAAUAUCCAUAGCAAAAUGAAUGCUGUUAAAAAUAAAAUUGAUGAAGUCAAUAUUUAUAAUGAUAAUAACAUAGAUAGUAAUAACAAUAAAAUAAAUAAUGAUAAUUACAAAAUAAACAUAGACAGCAAUAAAAAUGAUAAUUCAAUUAUGAUCCAAAAUUCUAAUGAUGAAAAAUCUGGAUUUUAUAAUAAUAUAAAUUAUGAAUGUAUAAAAUGCAAUAAAAAAGAUAAUUUACAUCUCUUUAAAAAAAUUUACAGCUAUAAUAAAAAGGAUUUUAAAGCAAAUGAAAAUAAUCUAAAAAAAAAAGUAAAAAAUAUGAAAAAUUUAAAUCAAACAAAUUUUAAUUUUAAUAAUGUUUAUGAGUGUUACUAUGAUGAUGAAAAUGAAAAAAACAAGAAUAUGCAUGAUUAUGCUUUCUUUAAUAAGCAUUCUAAUGAUAUAAAAGCAAGGAAAUUGUUAAUCAAAACUGAUAAUAACAACUGUGAUUAUAAAAAAUAUAAUAACGAUAAAAAUGAGAGACAUAAAGAUCAUUAUAAAAAUGAAAAAUGCUUAUAUUAUAUAAAAAAAGAAAAUAAAGAAACCAAAAAUUCUAAUGAUGAAACACAAACAAAAAUCAAUAAUAAAAUACACCUAAAUACUAACAAUGACAACUACUAUGUUAAUCCAUGUACAUCAAAUUUAAAAAAUAGAAACUCUAAAAAUAUUGAAAUGGAUAAAAAAAUUACCAGUUCUUUUAAUAUAUCAAAUAACUAUAAUAAUAAAUUAAUUUCAAAUAAUUAUAAUUAUAUAAAAAAUAUAUUUAUUAGAAUGUCUUUAGAACAAAAAAAAAAGUAUUAUGUUGAAUACAAUAGAAAAAUAAAUAAUAUUAUAAAAGAUGAAGUAAUUAAGGGAAUUCCUGAUCAUAUAAGAGGAUUUGCAUGGCAAAUAUUAGUGAAAUCAUAUAUGUAUAAAGAAAACAAUGGAGGGAAAAGGUAUCAACACUAUUUAAGUAUAAAUAAUAAAUACGAAAGUGCAAUUAAAAAAGAUAUUAACAGGACAUACCCAAAACAUAUUUUAUUUAAAAAUAAUUAUGAGAAAGGGCAAACAAUACUAUUUAAUGUUUUAAAGGCGUAUAGUAAUUAUAACAGUGAUUUAGGAUAUUGUCAAGGAAUGGCUUUUAUCGUGGCAACUUUUAUUUUAUACAUGAGUGAAGAAGAUGCUUUUUUUAUGUUAAUAAGUUUAUUAGAUAAAUAUAAAUUGAAUGAUCUGUUUUCAUCUGAUAUGCCUUUAUUAAAUGAAUAUCUUUAUAUAUUAGACCAAUUAUUAUUAUUCUUUUUUCCAAAGAUACAUAAUCAUUUACAAAAAGAAAAUAUACAUUCUAGUAUGUAUGCAUCUCAAUGGUUCAUUACUCUUUUUUCAUACAAUAUCAACAUUUUAUAUUCUAUUAGAAUAUGGGAUUUUUUUUUUAUACAUAAUUACACCUUUCUUUUUAAAGUUGCCCUUGCAUUUUUUAAAUUACAAGAAGAUAUAAUUUUAACUGAAUCAUUUGAAGAUAUUCUAAACAGAUUAAAAAUAUUAUCAAAACAUGUUGAAUUAGAUUUAUUAAUUAAAACAGCUUUAGAUAUAAAUAUAAGCAAUGAUUUAAUUAACAAAAUAUCAUCAAACUAUAAAUUUCAAAAAUAA